ACUACAGCUUUCACAUCUGUCCGUGUAACACCGAAGCAGAUAAGGAUCUACACCAAGCGAUAAAGGACUACUUUUCCCUCGACAGCCUAGGAGUCAUCAAACCGGACAAAUUGCUGUUAUCUGCCGAAGAUGAACGGGCUCUCAUGCUGCUACAGUCACCAAUGCACCGCCGGGAAGGACGAUACGAAUCCGGCCUUCUCUGGCGAUACGUCGAGACCCGUCUACCGGAUAGUCGAUCCAUGGCGCUGCUACGGUUCCAAUGCCUAAAGAAGCGAAUGCAUAAAGAGCCAGAGCUGCAAACAACCUUGCAGGGAAAAAUUGACGAGUACUUAGCCAAAGGCUACAUCAGGCUGCUCAACGAUGAGGAAGUAAACCAAAAAGUACUGCGCCGAUGGUAUUUACCGGUUUUCCCCGUGACCAAUCCGAAUAAACCCGGAAAGGUGCGGAUAGUGUGGGAUGCCGCGGCAUGCGCCUACGGCACAUCGCUCAACUAGGCUCUUCUCAAAGGACCAGACCUACUUUGCUCCCUCCUCACUAUUCUGCUCCAGUUCCGAGAACGUCGCAUCGCCCUCACCGGUGAUAUACGUGAAAUGUUUCACCAGGUGUUGAUGCGUACCGAAGACCAAUUCUGCCAGUGUUUCUAUUGGAUGAACGUACGUGGAGAAACUGAGGUGUAUGUCAUGCAGGUUAUGACCUUUGGAGCGUGCUCCCCAACCACUGCACAGUUCGUGAAGAACGCAAAUGCCGACCGUUUCGCAUGCGACUAUCCAGCAGCACAUCAAGCCAUCACGAAGUCCCACUACGUCGACGAUAUGCUGGUUAGCGUGGACACCGAAGAGCAGGCCAUCCAGCUGGCUAAGGAUGUUAGGCACGUCCACCAGUAAGGCGGGUUUGAGAUUCGGAACUGGAUCAGUAACUCAAGUAGGGUGCUGGCAGCGCUGCAAGAAGUAGAUACCGACGAGAAAUGCCUCGACCUGUCUUCCGAAUUGGCCACAGAGAAAGUUUUAGGCAUGUGGUGGAACACGACCGACGACGUCUUCACCUACAAAGUGGGAUGGAACCGAUACGAUCCGGCUUUGUUAAGAGAUGAACGCAGGCCAACGAAACGGGAAGUUCUUCGCGUCUUGAUGACCAUCUUCGACCCGCUUGGUCUAAUUUCCCACUUCUUGUCGUAUCUAAAGAUUCUGCUACAGCAAAUCUGGCGAUCCGGCGUACGAUGGGAUGACGAAAUCGACAACGACGCCUACGACAAAUGGCUUACUUGGUUGAAAGUGCUCCCACGCGUCGAACAUGUGAAGAUUCCCCGGUGCUACAACUCCGAGUUCCUUACAAACGAAGCCGACGAAGUUCAGCUGCACACGAUGGUGGAUGCUAGCGAGAACGGCACGGCCGCAGUUUGCUAUCUCCGUUUUGUCCACAAGGGAGCCGCUUCCUGCUCCAUAGUCGCAGCCAAAUGUCGAGUUGCUCCGCUCAAGUUCACGUCGAUACCACGGUUGGAACUCGAAGCGGCUGUAGUUGGCGCCCGACUAUCGCAUACCGUCCAAAAGGCGCUAAGCUUCAAGAUCCAUCGGAAGCUGUACUGGUCGGAUUCCAGAGACGUCCUCUGCUGGAUCAACUCGGACCACCGACGUUACAGUCCAUACGUGGGUCACAGGAUUAGCGAAAUACUAGAAACAUCCGAAAUGAACGAAUGGCGAUGGGUGCCGGGCAAGCAAAAUCCUGCCGACGACGCCACCAAGUGGAAUACUCUACCAGAAUUGACGCCCAAAGACAGGUGGUUUAAAGGUGCAGACUUUCUCUGGUGCCCUGAAGAGGACUGGCCGAAGUCGCCCAACCGCCAGGAUUUGACUGACAAUGAAUUACGUCCGUCGCUUGCAGCACCCCACGUUUCUUCGGAACCAGUACUCCGCCUUGAUGACUAUUCGUCAUGGGAGAGACUACGCAAAGCAGUCGCAUUUGUUCACCGAUUCGCCGAUAACUGUCGGCACCGAUGUCGAGGAACUCCGAAGGCUACAGGUCCACUUGCAACGAAGGAGCUGCUGACGGCAGAGCGUUCCCUGAUUCGACUUUGUCAACUGGAAUCCUACCCUGACGAGAUAGCGAUGCUGCAAAACCCAUAUCAAAAUCCAAAUAGAACUACGAGUAUACCGAAGUCCAGCUCACUAUACCAGCUGACACCCUGGCUGGAUGAGAACGGAAUUUUGCGCAUGCGAACCCGCAUAGCUGCAUGUAACUACGCCACAGAUGAUUCCAAGAAACCAAUCAUCCUUCCGCAAAAACACCAAACCACCCGCCUGAUCGUAGCAUAUUAUCACCGCAAAUACCAUCACCUCAACCACGAGACUGUGGUAAAUGAAAUUCGACAAAAAUUUCGCAUUCCCCGCUUGCGCGUGUGCUACCAACAAGUGCGCAAGAAUUGCCAGCAAUGCAAAAACCAGCAAGCAGCCCCAAAUCCACCCCUCAUGGCCGAUCUUCCACCCGCCCGUUUUGCAGCGUUUUCACGACCGUUCACGCACGUCGGGAUCGACUAUUUCGGUCCAAUGGAGGUCAUCAUCGGCAGAAGAGUAGAGAAGCGGUGGGUCAUGCUCGCCACUUGUUUGACCAUCCGAGCGAUCCACUUAGAAGUCGUGCACUCCCUCAACACGAGUUCCUGCCUUGGGGAACUCCGACGGACGUGUUUUUAAGUUCGCUGUAUACAUUAUUGGCGACUACGUACUGUAGUCUGGAUGACAAAUAACUUCUUAUCAAGUUGUUGGCAGCUCCUCAUACAACAUAAUAAUCUAAUUUACGCAAUACUGAGAUGAAUGUCCUCUAGGGUAAAAUCUCAAAAAAAAAAAAAAAGUUUACGCAAUAGGAUUUCGUGGUCGAUGGUAUGUGGUAACGAUCUUAAAGGACCGAGGUUAAUAGCACGCGCGCUGCGAAAGGAAAUGAUCUGUCCGUGAGCAUGCUAGCAGAGAGACUGAGGAUAUGCGCAACGAAGUGUGUAGGCCGAAAUCAAUAAGGUGUUCACGAGGCACGCACGAAGUUUGAACGAAUAAUAAUUGAGGCUCUACCACAUCCCCUUUUCCUUAUUUUUAGUUUUAUGCAUCAUAUAAGUAAAUGCAAUUUAUAUGAAAAUAAGAUCAAACAAAUGUUUGCUCUCAGCUGAAUAUUUCUUGGCCUUCUCAUCACAACGUGUUCGGAGUCACCACUGAUCACAUCACCUAAAUGGUCGUAUUAAAACAGUAAAUAUAUUUUUUUUUAGCUAACACCCUUAUCCAUUAAAUCUACGUGCAUGUCUCUUCCGGCUAUUUCCAACAGUAUAAUAUCAAUAGUGACAGUAACAUAAAGGCAAGGCUAUAUCUCUCCAUUAAUCUUCAUAUAAACAGCAUAAAUCUAAUUUCAAUUAUAAAUAAUUUAUCCAAAAAAAAAACAACUCUGUUGUGAUACAUCAAUUGAACAAAAUUAAGUUCUAUUAUUUUAAUAAAUUGUGUUAUGAAGAUGGGUUAAAACCUUCGCGUUUGCCCAGGUGACAGUAUUUUAGAAUUUUAACUAUCGAUCCUUUUUUUUUUUGACAAUGUUUGAGGUAACCGAUAUAAAUUUCUAAACGAUGAUUAGAAAAUUGUACAAAUUCGUUACAUAUGAACUCACACAUGAACAAACUGACACAAUUGUGGCUCAAAUGUCAUGUUUGAACACAUGUUUGUUGGCAUCUAGGUUGGCAUACAUUUUGUGUACCUCCCAUUCUAAACCAUCACUUAGUUGACAAUCUUCUUGUAACAUAGCGGGCUAUUUAAACAUGUUUUCAAUCUGAAGCAAAUAUUCAUAACGAUGCCGUUAGGUAAUCUUCAAGAUCCAAUAUAAAUGGCAUGACACAUGUUCCAUUGAACACCUGCUAUAGGCCUUUGAAUAGCGAUUCAAACUCCAAACUCUAAAUGCAGUAUAAAGCCGUUACUCAGUUGAAAGCUGGAUAUCAGCCAAAGACUCUCGCAUUUCGGGAAUUUACAAUGAAGCGCCACAACAUUUGUCCACAACGUAACAUUUUAUGCGAAUACAUAUCACAGCUACUUCCUAACUCUUCGCGGCCGAAAAGCGAUGAAACUGAGCAUAACAAACAUGUUCGAGACCAACACAGUUUGUUUAACAUUUACAAUUACUCUUAUAUCCUUAUUGGUGGAUUAUUUUAAGGGUAGAACAGGCUACAAAGAGAAUACUUGUAUUCCAUUGGAGCAAUCACGAUUCAUUGCAAUAGACCAUGCUGUUGAAACAUUUUCUCCUUCAUAUUCAAAAUGUAUAACCAGUGCAAUUAAAUUUCAUAGCUCAAUGUAUUGUUUGUCCCAUACUGCUAAAAUUAAUUGGUAUAUACCUUUUUUUAGAAUAGCUAGUUUUUCUUAAAUCCUAGAAGACGUACACUGAUUAUCACGGAUAAGAUCUGUUGAUUUUGGAACUGAAACCGCUCAACGACGUUUGAAACACAUAAUUCUUAGUUCAGAUUCGUGUAUGUUUGUUUUUCUGUAAUACAGCUAUCUACUUAACACCCACUAGCAACACUGUUUUACGAAACAAACUUUCAUUUACACUCCAGGUGUACAGCUUACUUUGUAGUUGAAAAAUGAAUAUCAUACAUAUUCUACACGAGCGAGGAAUGUCGAAAAUAGUCGCUUCUCCAAAAACGAAUAAACAUUACAUAUACAAAACGAUCAUCUUCUAAGCUAUAUUUUUGUACAUCAAAAUUCAAUUCCAGAUAAAAUUGUAUUUUUGUCUUCAAUUGGCAUCUAUUCUAUUAGUACUCCUUUCGACCUUUUCAACUGUUGUAAUUAGACAACUUAUAAAGCGGUAAAUGUAUAUCUAAUCUUCAAAACGAUACACUAUUGAACGGAGAUGAUCAAUGAUCUAUACAUAUUAUUUUAUUUCUGUAUGACAACUUUUGGGGACAACUUUCUAUGACCAUUAUUAUAAACAAAGCAAAUUUUAGCGUUUCAUUCGAUUACUAUUUGUUUUGUGGUUGCACAAUCAAUAUACAACUCUGAAAUAUAACGUUGUUCAAGAAACAGAGUAAAAAGCAUUUUUGUAAAAAGAAAUGAUAAACAGCAUUUUGUUUUUCAUGACUCAUCAAUAUCAAUAUCAAUGACAACUCUAAUAUUGUAUAAUCUGUUCUUUUUACAAUACCUGUCCUAUAAGUGCUGUAAAAUGUAUUCACGUAGAUAUUUUUUCCGGAUACACAUCAAAUUUAUUUUCAUCUAACAGAUAAAUUUUGGCACGCUCUUUUUUUAUUUUUUAAAGGCUGUCCAAACCUAUUUAGGGAACAGUGUUUCAAUUUUUACUCUACUCAAAAUAGAGGGUUUAAGAAAGGAAGCAUUUUGAUCCGUCCGCUUUAAAUAGUAUAGGAUUGAAUAGGAUAUGCUUUCACUACAUAUCAUUUGGUACUGUUGCUCACACAUCACAUCAUUCAACUCAACGAUUGAAUUUUACGCAUCAUUGUGUUACGUUUAAGUAUUUAGCCUAGGAAUAUGAAGUCUAAAUUCAUGAAUUUAUACCCGAAAUCUAGAAAACUCAAUAAACAUGUAUAUUGAUAAUUAAAAUGCGCCACAAGGGAAUACAUGUUCUAGCUUGAACAUGAGAAAAGAAAGAAAAUUUGCCUGCAAAUCGCUGGCACGUACCUUCACCGUUGCCACACAUACACCAAUCAGACACUAUUUCCGCUGGCAUCAGAACAUCUAUAGGUCCUCGUCGUAGGCGGUCACAUAGUGUCCGAAACAGCAGAAAGCCCGUUUUACAAGUGGUGAGACGCUGAAAACCCAUUCGGCAAGAUUCAUAAGUUGAACAUGAUUCGCAGCAGAAUUGCGCAUAACACGAACCCUGAAAACUUCCGCAGAUCCCUUCCGACCGAUCAAGACCGUUCAACAACGUGCUCGACGAGGGACGGGCUUCGCUGGGUAAUCGGAGAGAAUCCGUUGAAAAGAUGGAGAAACCAUGGGCAUCACCUGGUCACCACAAUAUUACGUUUUUUCGCAGAUCUCUAGUCCUCAGACGAAACCUACAGACAGGACGCACGUCCACGCUGUCCGCGGUACCAUCAUCGGCACGGUGGUGUAUCGAGGCUAGACGCCGAGGCUAGGGCGGGCCAACCUACAGUAACGAUAACAGAUCUUCGAGGGCAGAAAACCUGUCUAACACGUGAGUGCGAUGUCGAUCCGAAGUAGACUUGCUUUAUCAAAACGAUUUCUUUCUCCAGUGCUCGAAUCUCAGCAUUACCGGGAAGCUCCAACAAUUGCACGUUUCCGAUCGACAUAGGAAAGAACGAAGGCGAGGUAAUUCCAUUAAGCUAAAUUUGCAUCACGUGAAAGUUCUCACGAUCAGUUCCGACUUCCAAACAGGUCCAGGAUAGAACGAUCACCCUACACGGGAACUCACUGGCACCCCAUAUUGACACCAAGCAGUCGCGGCAAGAGCGAGAAUCGUGUACGCCCCAGCAAUCGUGUAUAUGCAGAUCCACACACACACAACGAACGAAGCCUUCCUACUGUAGGAGGGAUGCAAAGAGCCAUCUUCCGCACACUGGUAUAAGAACCGAAACGUUGUACGCGCAUCGAUGAAAGCUCGUCAAAUGAUAACCUGGAUAUUUGGAAAAGAAGACUCCAAAUUUAAAAACUGUGAAAAUCUACAAGUUUUAUAGAUUGUCGGAUUGAUUCUUGAAAAGCUAUUAUUUUUUCUCAAUAUAAAGUUUUAAUGUAAUGUACAGUGAUAACACGUUAUUUAAGAUUGGAAAAGAAAGUGUAUUACCAGUUAAGUGAAAUAACAGAUUCCUGCAAGAAACAAAACUCUACUGGGCAUUCGCAGAAGUUCUUACACGUGUGAACGUCUAUUAAUGUGCGUUUGACUUAAAUAGAACUGUUGAAUUCAGAGUAAAACAAAGUACUGAAGACACAUACCGAUUUAUCCACCGAUAGCGAAGUGAAGUAGUGGAUGCAAUGCGCAAUGACGCUUGGUAUAGCGAAGCGACAAUAAAAAAGAUGCUCAUUCAAUCAUGUUUCUUCAAAUACCACAUCAAGGCAAUGACAAGCUACGUACACAAUUUGCAAUACAUUUAUCAUAACUCUAGCAUCCAGUCGAAACCUUCAUAUAAAUCUAGCUUUUCAUAUUUAAAACCAAAUCUUUCGAAUUAAUAUCUAAUUAAACAUUUACAAGAGCUAUGGAUUCAUGAACGGUUUUUGGAUAGUCAAGAAAGCUGUUGGUCGUUAGGCGUAUAUUUAUGUAUUCUGAUUUAUGUUUUUAAAUCGCCUUGGUCUUCGUAUAGUUUAGAUUAGAUAAAGUGCCUUUUCUAGUUAUCUAUACACCAAACGUAAUAUACCCAGAAUGUCGCAAUGUUAUUUCUAAGUAAAAAUAUAAUUAAACAUCAAUCGUGUUUAUAUAUACUAAAAUAGCCUAUGUGUUCUAGAUUUGUAAUUAUCAGAGCAUACAAUUAAUAUUUUGAAUAAUAAU